AGAUGAAGGUCGCUAUCGUUGCCACUAUCCUUAUCAGCAUCUCCACUGCACUUUAUUCAUCAGCCAACCCCAUUGAUUUGGGAUGCAGUAUCGCGAGGAACGUCGUCGAGUGCUAUCUCUCACAGCUCUGCCCUCACUUCAAGCCUGAGGACGUCCUCGACUGCGACAAGGAGCUGAUGACGAGCACGAUGCCGGUGGUCAACGACUACAUGGUAUCCCAUUAUCUUAGGGAAGCGCACAAAGAUAAAUUCUGUGACGGUGACGGUCAGCGGUUCGGAUCAGCCUGCGCCGUGCUCGAUCACGUAUGCUUAGGGAGGGAUACAUUUGACAUCGAUUAUUGCGGAGAAACAAAUCAACGAUUUCGUCGCAGCGGCUCCUUUUCUGGUAGUCAUUCUGGCUCACACUCAGGUCUUGUACAUGUAAUAUAUAAACAACCUGCAACCAAACCACCAACAGCCAAGCCUGAGGUAACAGAGAAGGCAACAACAGAGACUGAUUGCGACACAUCUGAUGAAGAUGCAACCACCACAGCUGCCACUACAACACCAACAACACCGACAACUCCGACCACACCCACUACACCAACUACUCCUACCACACCAACGACACCUACCACUCCAACAACUCCAACGACACCUACCACUCCGACAACUCCAACGACACCUACCACUCCGACAACACCAACUACACCUACCACACCAACAACCCCUACCACACCGACGACUCCUACCACACCGACUACGCCAACCACUCCUACCACACCCACUACACCUACAACUCCUACCACACCAACUACACCGACAACUCCUCCGACUGAGCCAACAACAUAGCUAGAAUUGGAAAGUGUUCCUAUUCCAUAAGUGU